AAAUGUCUGAUCUCGCCAGUCGCAUCACGAAACCCGACGAGGCGGCUCCGGCCGAGAAGCAGCCCGAAGCUGAAGCUCCCGUCGUUGAGGCGCAGAACGACGGUGCUGUUGAGGAGCUGGGUGGCUCUGGCCUGCAGGAGCCCGAAUGGGAUGUCGAAGUUUCCCUUAGCGAUCUCCAGAACAAUGAGGCGACACCCUUCCACUCUGCCACGCGAUGGGAGGACAUGGGACUUUCCGAGGACCUGCUCAAAGGCCUUUUGGCUCUCAAGUUCUUGAAACCUUCGAAAGUGCAGGGAAAGUCCCUUCCCUUGAUGCUUAGCGACCCUCCGAGGAAUAUGAUGGCUCAAUCGCAAUCUGGAACUGGAAAGACGGCGGCGUUUGUUACUGCCAUCCUGUCGCGUGUCGACUUCAGCAGACCUGAGCAGCCGCAAGCUCUGGCUCUGGCUCCCAGCCGUGAGCUGGCUCGUCAGAUCGAAGGCGUCAUCAAUGCUAUUGGUCGAUUUAUCAAGGAGCUCAAGGUUGCCGCGGCCAUUCCAGGUGCCCUCCCUCGCGAUCAGCCAGUUCGAUCGGCAGUUAUUGUUGGAACACCAGGUACCGUGAUGGAUAUCAUUCGACGUAGGCAGUUGGAUGUCUCCCAACUCAGGGUCCUCGUCUUGGACGAGGCCGACAACAUGUUGGAUCAGCAGGGAAUGGGCGAUCAGUGCCUGAGAGUCAAGAACAUGCUGCCCAAGAACAUCCAGAUCCUUCUCUUCUCUGCCACUUUCCCCGACAAAGUGGGCUCCUAUGCGCAGAAGUUUGCGCCAAAUGCCCACUCGCUCAAACUACAGCGCAACGAACUUACGGUCAAGGGUAUUUCACAAAUGUUCAUUGACUGUGCCGACGACAACAUCAAGUACGAUGUGCUCUGCAAGCUCUACGGUCUGAUGACCAUUGGACAGUCUGUCAUCUUCGUCAAGACCCGUGAAAGCGCCAACGAGAUCCAGAGACGCAUGGUGGCUGACGGACACAAAGUAUCCGCUCUGCACGCUGCCUUUGACGGCAACGAAAGAGAUGAGCUGCUGGCCAAGUUCCGGAAUGGCGAGAACAAGGUUCUCAUCACCACCAACGUUCUGGCCCGUGGUAUUGACGUGUCGACCGUGUCCAUGGUCAUCAAUUACGAUAUCCCGAUGAAGGGCCGCGGCGAUACUGAGCCGGACGCCGAGACAUACCUCCACCGUAUCGGCCGAACCGGACGUUUCGGCCGUGUCGGUGUCAGUAUCAGCUUUGUUUACGACAAGAAGAGCUAUGAUGCCCUCAGCAGCAUUGCCAACACCUACGGGAUCGAUCUGGUUCGCCUCGACACCGACGACUGGGAUGAGGCUGAGGAACGAGUCAAGGAGGUCAUCAAGAAGAACCGAGCUCAGGCUGCUUACGCGCCAAGCGCAACGGACAACGCGGCCAAGGCAUCCUAGAGAGGUGAAUUUGACUCGUGGAUGACGAUGUGAACUGGCGGCGAAUCUCGUAUAUAUCUUUUCUUCUUUUUUCUGCAUGAUGAGAUUGCCGCAAUACAACGCUUGAUGAUGGAUGGUACGAUAAUGGGGGGUUUAUACAAGAGGAUCUGUAGAGUAUGGCACGACAAGAUACCAAAAAUUGCAGAGUUGUGU